AUGUGCACGGGCUCAGUUUCGGGUUCGGACUCGGGUACAAACGGAUGGAGCAGGGCCCGGGGAGUGGUGCUGAAGACUCUGGUGCUAAUAGGCGGCGCGUUGUGGCUGAAGCGAAUGACCAAGUCCACCACGCGCUGGGACCACACUCGCAUUGUCGCUGAGUCACUCGCCGGUGAAAAGUUUUCAAGGGAGCAAGCGUCGAGAGACCCGGAUAAUUUCUUCAAUUUAAGAUGGCUUUCAUGCCCUGCAGCAGAGAUGGUAGAUGGUUCCAAGGUUUUGUAUUUUGAACAGGCAUUCUGGAGAACUCCUCUUAAGCCAUUUCGGCAGAGAUUUUUCCUGGUAAAGCCUUGCCCGAAGGAGAUGAAGUGUGAUGUUGAGUUUAGAACAUAUGCAAUCAGGGAUGUAGAGGAAUACAAGAACUUUUGCGACCGUCCCAAGGACCAGCAGCCACAGCCUGAAGAAGUUAUUGGGGACAUUUCUGAGCAUUUGACCACCAUAUAUCUGAAACGCUGUGAAAGAGGGAAGCGCUGUUUAUAUGAAGGUUCAACUCCACCAGAAGGAUUUCCUAAUACAUGGAAUGGUGCAUCAUACUGUACCUCAGAACUGGCCGUCUUGAAAAACAAUGAGAUACAGACAUGGGAUAGAGGCUAUGAUGAUGAUGGAAAUCAAAUUUGGGGCGGAAAGGGAGGUCCAUACGAGUUCAAACCUGCUCCUGCCUCUAGUUUUAAUGAUAUGUUAUCUCCUUUUAAAACUUCUCUCAGUGCAUAG